AUGGCUCAACAUAUGCAAGUCAAUCUAUUUCCUGAUUAUCAUAAUGAAGUUCAAAAUUUGACACCUCGUUCCAUACAUGUUGAUGUUAAGCAUUUGCAUGAUGCUAAAAGUGUUCGAGGAUUUGGCCCAAUCAAAUGUCUUCUUGGUAUACUCAUAACAUGUCUUCUUGUAGGAGUCAUAGGUAUACCUUUUAUCAUCACACAGAAAGUGAUAACAACAACAACAAGCACUACUUCUACCUCAACAACAUCAACUACUACCACAUCAACAACGACAACAACUACUACUACAACUACCACGACAACAACGACAACAACAACAACAUCAACAACAACAACAACUACCACGACAACAACAACAACAUCAACAACAACAACAACAACAACAACCUCAACUACUACUAGCGAAACAACAACAACAACAACAGAACUAUGUGCUUCUGGUUAUUCAAGAUCUCCAUCAGGAACAUGUGUUAAUCUUCAAAUUGAUUUCAACAAUUGUGGUUCAUUUGGUUAUGUAUGUGCUUCAUCUUAUACUAGUUGUUCAGCAGGUGUAUGUAGUAGUGCACCUGCUGUACAACUUGUUGGUGCUAUUGCUAUACCAGGAUGGGGUGGUCAAUAUUCAGUAGAUGAUGCUUAUGUUACACUUACUCUACCAAUGAGUUUAACAAUGUAUGGUUAUUCAACAUCAACUAUAUCUGUUACAACUAAUGGUGUUCUUUGUCUUGGUAGUUGUUCUUCUGAUUAUACAAAUGGAAAUCUUCCAAGUAGUAGUUUCGGAGGACCAACCGCAUUUGGUUAUUGGGAUGAUCUUAUGAUUUAUUCUGGUACAUCUCAAAGUGUAUAUUAUAGUGUUGCUGGAACAGCACCUAAUCGAUUAGCAACAUUUGAAUAUUAUACAAGUCAUUAUGGUCAAUCAACUCAAUAUUAUCAUUUUCAAAUAUUAUUUUAUGAAAAUUUUCCUGGUAUUGUCAAGUAUAUUUAUUUUCAAGCAUCUGAUGGAGGUUCAUCAGCUACAAUUGGUGUACAAAGUUCAUCAAGUGGAUCUACUAUGACUUAUUCAGUGAAUCAAGCAAAUUCAGUGACAAGUAAUAUGGUAUUAACUUUUGAUACAAAUGCGGGUACGUUUUCAGGAUAG